AUUACUUGAUGUAUCUUCAAAAUUUAAUUUCUUAUUUGUACUUAAUAUUUCCUUGCUUCUUAUUUGUUUUAGACAACAAUAAAAGAUAAAACUGAUUUAUUGUAAAUGUAUAUUAAUAAAUUAUUUUGUAAUAUUAAAUAUAAAUGAUGAUAAAUUGUAUAAGCAUUCGUGACAAAUGCUGUAUAUUACUUGUCAAAAAUAAUAUAUAUUUUUAUGUAACAUAAUAUGCGUGCCAUUUUUAAGAUACAUGAUACAAUAUGUAAGAAAAUGUUAUAUUUAAUCGUAAUAUGAUAUAGGAGGUUAAUUUCACACGUACUUUCAAUGCACAAUCGCGCCACGAUGCGGCAUUAGCCUAUACUACGGCAGCAUUAAUGAUUGGCUAUUGCUGUCGUAGAGGGGAUAUGACUGCCAGUGUGACUAUAUAAAUGAGUGACGCAACAAGAUCGGUAGCACUUCUCGUCGAGUGAUUCUUUAGUGAGUUUCGUAGUUAGUUCAAGAUGACUGGUCGCGGAAAGGGAGGAAAGGGGUUGGGAAAAGGAGGAGCGAAGCGCCAUAGGAAGGUCUUGCGUGAUAACAUUCAAGGUAUUACCAAGCCUGCUAUUCGUCGAUUGGCUAGACGUGGCGGUGUCAAGCGUAUUUCUGGCUUGAUAUACGAAGAGACCAGAGGCGUCCUGAAAGUCUUCUUGGAAAACGUCAUCCGCGAUGCUGUAACCUACACCGAGCACGCUAAGAGGAAGACUGUAACAGCUAUGGACGUGGUCUACGCUCUGAAACGUCAAGGAAGAACCCUGUACGGUUUCGGUGGUUAAAUGCGAUCCUCCAAUCAUCAAAAUCAAAUCAACGGCCCUUUUCAGGGCCAACAAUUCUUAAUAACAUUGGGAAUAUUCUUAGCAUCAAUACAAGACACAUCUUUAAAUACUCUAAUAUAAUAUUUAAUAGAAGAUAACUUGAUUUACAAAAAUAAAAAUACUACCAAUAAA